AUGGCUUCACCAUCUUAAUUAAUAUUUAUCGGACUCAUCCAUUUUGAGAUUAGGGAGUAGGAUAGAAGGAUAUUGAAGAAGUAAAGCUUAGCUUAAAUAGAGGACUCUGAUGUUAAGGAGUUUUUAAGAAGUGAACAGGAAUAUGAGAGAACUAGAAAUAAAGCUCAGUCUCCUUUUUUCAAGAAAAUGGAUAAGAAUCCCAAUUAUUUACUGGUUUUGGAACCAUCGUUGGUGAGUCAAGUGAACCAAACAUUAAGAGGAAUAGAGGAUCAUAUAGCAGAACAUCUCCCAAUUGAAUUACCUGAAGAUGAAUGGAAAUAGAGAGCAAUAAAAAUAUUAUUAACUUGGAAUCUGUCAGAAAAGAAUGAAUUGGCCAAGUUCGCAACUGGGAGUGAGUAAGUUGAGAAGCACUAUCUGGAAUUCGGACUUUUAUUUUUAGUAUUGGCAGUUAUUGGAUAUGUUAUGAUAUUUGUGAUGAAACACAUGAUUUGA